UCUCUCUCUCUACUACUAUGGCAGAAGUUGCUCCCGCCGCACCCGCUCCUCCGGCCAAGCCGGCCAGGAAGAAGUCAGCUAAAUCUACAAAGAGGCCUGGACCCAGCGUUGCCGACCUCAUCGUGAAGGCCGUGACCGCCAGCAAAGAGCGGAAAGGCGUCUCCUAUGUUACCCUGAAGAAGACUCUGGCCGCUCAGGGACAUGAGAAAACCGGACAGAUCAAGCGUGCCUUGAAGAGGUUGGUGGAGAAAGGCGUCCUUCAGCAGACAAGCGGGACCGGCGCUUCUGGGUCUUUCAAAUUGGCCAAGAAAGCUGAGAAGCCCAAGAAGAAGGCACCCAAGAAGACAGUCAAAGCCAAGAAGCCGGUAGCCACAAAGAAAGUCAAAUCAGCGGCAUCUCCUAAGAAACCAAAGAAGAAGUCCGUCGCCAAGAAAUCCCCGGCAAAGAAGACCGCAAAGAGCCCCAAGAAGACGAAGCCUGCUACCAAGAAGAAGCCACGUACCCCUAAGAAGGCAGCCCCUAAAAGGGCCCCUAAGCCUAAGGUCACAAAGAAGGCGACACCCAAGAAAGUCGUUAAGAAGGCUGCACCCAAGAAAGCCGCUAAGAAGUAAAUAACGGUUUACUUCUAACAACCCAAAGGCUCUUUUAAGAGCCACCC